CUGACAUCGGACCUCCGACCCGUUGCACUACUCGAGCUUUAAGAACCACCAUGUCUUUCCCCGCCUACACACCCAAGGCCCGCGUGCAGAGGCCUGCGCCCGCCUUCUCUGGCACCGCUGUCGUUGACGGCACCUUCGAGGGUGCCCUCACCCAGUACACAUCCAACAAGCAAUGGCUUGUCCUGGGCUUCGUCCCCAUGGCCUGGACCUUCGUCUGCCCGACCGAGAUCCUCGCCUUCAGUGACCGCGCCUCCGACUUCGAAGCGCGCGGAGCCCGCGUCGUCUUCGCAUCCACAGACUCCGAGUACUCGCUGCUGGCCUGGACCAGCGCCUCGAAGAAGGACGGCGGCCUCGGCAAGAUCAACAUCCCGCUGUUGUCGGACAAGAACCAUACCAUCAGCAAGGACUACGGCGUUCUGAUCGAGGAGGAGGGCAUUGCGCUGCGCGGCCUGUUCCUCAUUGACCCCAACGGUGUGCUCCGCCAGAUCACCAUCAACGAUCUCCCUGUUGGCCGUAGCGUUGACGAGGCCCUGCGUCUGAUCGACGCCUUCCAGUUCACAGACAAGUACGGCGAGGUUUGCCCUGCGAACUGGAACCCGGGCAUGGACACCAUCAAGGCUACGCCCGAGGGCAUCAAGGAGUACCAUAGCAAGAACUUGGAUGAGAAGAUGAGUGAUGCCAAGGCUACCAACGGCACUCACUGA